UCUUAGGCGGCGCCAGCGAGGCCGUUGGUUGUAAAAACAACAUCUCACCUUGAUUCUUCAGUGCCACUGCACUGCUGGAGCAUGUUACUGGGACAGAACGACUAUGGAGCGCGUUCGCCGUCAUGUAGUCCAGCGUUAGCGCGACGAGAAUAGACCGUCGAUUGGGGCUUUGCCGCGGGGGGUGACGGACGACGUGUCGCUGUCAUCGAGCCAUGGCCGCGCGGGAGCAAGGAGAGGCUGCACGCGGUAAAGCGAGGCACCACCACGACGGAGGCAACAGCAGCUCGGACGGCUUCAGGAACGGCUACGUGAAGAGCUGCGUCACCCCCCUGAAACAGGACCACCACAGGGGCUUUUUGUUCGGCGAAGAUCUGCUGGGCUCCAAGGUCUUCAGGGUUUCCGCCGUCUACAUCGGCGCCGUAGUGACUUUGGCGCUUUCCGCGCUGCUCUGCCGGAGCUCGCCGAGCGACUCGCGGUGGGAUUUGCGGACUUUGUUGACGGGCUUCUCGCAGUCCGCCAGUCCCCUCUUCAGCAUCUGCUGUGCAUUCUUCUUCCUGACCUUCUACCUGAGGAGAAGGAAGAAGGAGGAGGGCAGCCACUGGUGGCUCCUGUCGCUGCCGGCGUCGUGCUACCUCGGGGACUUCGUGGUGCUUCGCUUCUUGCAGUGGGGAGAGGAGCAGCACCAGAUGCAAAUGGUGGGCAGGUUGUUGUUCGUCCUGGGAUGCGUGGGGCUCCUCACGCUCGUCCCCACGCUCAAGCUCAAACACAGCGUGCUCGUCCUGCUCUUCGCCAGCGUGGUGUGGCAGCUCUCCUUCAGCAGCUUAAGCGGACUGCCGCCGCUCCUCAGGCCGUUGCUCGCCUGCGUCGCCGGGCUCUGCGGCUCCUUGCUGGGGCUCGGCUUCGACCGAUGUUACCCGCCCAGGGACGCUCCGAGCGGUGGCUCCGCCGCGGAGGACAAGGUGCCCGUCAUCCGAGCCAGGAGACGCUCCAGUUGUGUCUCACUGGGGGAAACUUCAAGCAGUUAUUAUGGCAGCUGUAAAAUGCCCCGGAGGCCGUCUUUACCGUGUAUAUCCCGGGAGCAGAUGAUCCUUUGGGACUGGGAUCUAAAACACUGGUACAAACCACAGUAUCAGGGUGCGGUGAGCGGCAAUGGCGUUGACCUGUCAGUCAUCAACGAGGCCAGGAACCUGGUGUCAGAACUGUUGAUGGAUUCGUCCUUGUCGCCCCACGCUGUCUCAACCCUGCAUAGUGUCUCCAGCCUCAUGGGGACCUUCUCAGGGUCGUGUCGCCCCCGGGUCAACCCUUUCACCCCUUUCCCUGGCUUUUACCCCUGUGACGAGGUGGAUGACUCAGUAGAGAGGAGUGAACGCAAAACCAUUAAGGGUUUGAACAGCAGAAACAGCCUCCCUACUCCUCAGCCCAGGCGGAGUUCUACCUCCUCUUCAGUGCAGCCUCCUCUCGACACACAUUUGUCACGGUGGGAACGUAACACCGGCAAGAGAUCCCACCCUGACUUUAAUUUGAUUAGCUCAGGACUGUCAAAUGGGCCAAAUGCAAACCUGCUCACCAUUCCCAAGCAGAGGUCUUCUUCUGUCACCCUUACCUACCACGCAGGGUCCAGGAGAGCAGGGACCUCUCCUAGUCUGAGUCCCGUCACUUCUCCCAGCCACAGUCCUUCGUUUGUAAACACAGGUUCAACAUCCUCCCUGGUCACACGGUCGCCUGUGGAGUUCCCAGACACAGCGGACUUCCUGACAAAGCCAAGUGUCAACCUGAACCUGCACAAGCCUUUGGGCUAUUCGCUCAGUCCAUGUGACUUCCAGCAGGCAUUCCGCAGCUCCACUUUACCUCUUUGCAACAGCUGCGGGCGUCAGAUGUCAAAGGGAGUUUCCAGUAGCGAUUCAGGGGAUCUUCAUCAGCCCCUUCUCAGCGAGGCCCAACACAGGCGCUCAGGCGAAGGGCCAGAGUUCCUAGGGGGGCCUUUAAUCAGGGAGGAGAGCAUGGAAGCAGACCUACCUGGAGAAACUGAGAGCACAGUGAAGCAACGGGAAGCUGAGGAGGAACAUAGCCCCAGCACAGAGAAGCAGACUCAGGAAUUGGGGCGUGAUCAGGAGUUUCGACUAGACCCGAUGCUGGAAGACCACGAGGCCCUCAUGGAGAAGAUGAAUACAUGGAAUUUCCAGAUUUUUGACCUGGUGGACAAAACGGGAGGAAAGACAGGAAGAAUACUCAGCUAUGUGACUUACACCCUUUUCCAGGAUACGUGUCUGUUUGAAAUAUUCAAGAUCCCUGUGAGAGAGUUCAUGACAUACUUCUUUGCCCUGGAAAAUGGCUACAGGGACAUUCCCUAUCAUAACCGAGUCCAUGCUACUGAUGUGCUCCACGCUGUCUGGUACCUGACCACUCGACCAAUCCCCGGGUUCCAGCAGAUCCAUAGUGAGCAUGUGACCGGAAGUGACACAGACUCAGACAGUGGGAUCUCUCCUGGCAGGAUAUCCUACGCCUCGUCUAAGUCCUCGACCAUAUCAGAUGACAGCUACGGCUGCCUGGCUUGGAACAUCCCAGCUCUGGAGCUCAUGGCCCUAUAUGUAGCAGCUGCAAUGCACGACUAUGAUCAUCCUGGUCGCACUAACGCCUUUUUAGUUGCCACUAAUGCUCCUCAGGCGGUGUUGUACAACGAUCGCUCCGUGCUGGAGAAUCACCACGCUGCGUCCGCCUGGAACCUGUACCUAUCCCGACCAGAGUUUAACUUCUUGGUCAACCUCGAUCAUGUGGAAUUCAAGCGCUUUCGCUUUCUCGUCAUUGAGGCUAUUCUAGCCACAGACCUCAAGAAGCACUUUGACUUCCUAGCUGAGUUCAAUUCCAAGGUCAAUGAUGUGAACAGUCCAGGAAUUGACUGGACCAAUGAGAAUGAUAGAUUGCUGGUGUGCCAAGUGUGUAUCAAGCUGGCAGACAUCAACGGACCAGCCAAAGUCCGCGAUCUUCAUUUGAAAUGGACUGAAGGCAUUGUCAAUGAGUUUUAUGAGCAGGGCGAUGAAGAAGCAGGCCUGGGCUUGCCCAUUAGCCCCUUCAUGGACCGCUCUUCCCCACAGUUGGCAAAGCUGCAGGAGUCCUUCAUCACACAUAUUGUUGGCCCGCUGUGUAACUCGUACGAUGCUGCAGGUUUACUUCCUGGCCAGUGGGUGAAUGGCGAUGGAUCAGAUGACGAGGACGAUGAGGGUCGUGUGGACUCAGACUCUGACGACGAUGACAAUGAUGAAGAUGAUGAAGAGGAGGACAUGGAUGAGCUUGAGGAGGAUCCACAACCAAAAAGGAGGAAAAGGCACCGCCAGUUAUUCUGCAGCAUUAUGCAGCACCUUACCGAGAACCACAAAGUGUGGAAGAAAGUCAUUGACGAAGAGGAAAAGAGCAAAGACGAGCAGCAGCAGCCCGACAGCCUGCCGGCCAGCAUGCCCACAUCGCCUUCAGAGGAGAUUCAGGUCAUCCAGGAGGAGGAGGAAGGGGAGGAGCGUCAGUAGCACCACAACAACACGUGGAGAAACAGGCAGGAAGACUUGCAGAAGAAAAUGUCCUACACCCAAAUAGCCUUUCACACACUGACAUGCACAUAGACAUUUUUCACUCACUCACACACACGCACACACACGCUGAACACUGUGCAGUCAAUUCUGGAGAAACAAAACAAAAGAAGGCCUUACCACUGUGAGCGGAUCCUCGCUGCAACAGUGGGAGUCCAGCUCCUAUGCACUUUCAACCCUCACCCCCCAUGGAGAGUACCAGAGUGGCGCAAAGAAGACGCACCACAAGUGAGGUUUGUCGCAGGUGUGGAAGAAGAGCGUCAGACUCCUGGGAUGACCUUGGAUAACCUUGGAUGCGACAAUGUCUUGAAAGCAUAGCGCUUAAACCUCCCUUAGAUACAAAUCAUGUUGUGACUAUUAAAAAAAAAAAAGAACAGAGAUUGAGGAUGAACCAAGCAAGCAACGUGGAGACGCAUUAAUGCCCUUUACCAAAGUAAACUGCUCAUAUGUGGAAAGAUGAAAGACGAGACCGAGACACACACGCGCACACACACGGACACGUACAUAUGUGAGGUGUUUUCACAAAAUUAGGUAUAUGUCGAGCAAACUCAAAGGCUGCAAACUGUGAUUUUUCAUCAGAUGAUUAAAUUUCAAUGUUUUUCUCAUUUUCAUAUGUUUUGAAGAUAAUAUGAAUCCUGGAGGAUCGAAAAUUUACUUCUAAAUACAGUAUUGUAAAGAUUUUUUUUUUUUUUUUCUCCAGGGGGCUUUCUGGUAGCUACACCCCCAAAAUUUUCUACUGGGAAUAUUUGAUGAGCUGCCAUGCAUAUAUAGUCCAUAAAAUCCAUGUCACAAAAAGAUUAAAGUCUUUGACAAGAAUCCCAAAAUUCUGUUCUUUCCAUACAUAAUAUGACCAGGUUACUGUCAAAAUACAUAGUUACCAAGGAAGACUCAAACCUCUUUUUUUGUCAAAACACAUCAUAUAUUGUGUGUACACGCACACACACACACACACACAUAUAUAUCACACACACUCAUACACACACACUCGCAUAUAUACAUGACGAACAUACAGUAUAUCAGAUGUGCCUGUCUGAACCUUUACCGAAUCCAUGUUGGCCCAGAGCCUUGGCUUGUGUAGUUUUCUUUCCUUGCUGGUGACACGAAAACACUGUAUGACACUCAGUCACAGAGACAUUAUAUGAACUGUUGACUGAUGUUUCGCAUUAUUAUAUCUGCAUCAUUUUGGAUGCCGUUACUCAUGUGUGCCACCCCCUUUUGUUGUUUCCUUGGCUUACAAUGUGUUUUUGAAUGUGUGAUUAUCUUUUGGGAAGAAUGUGAUAGAAUAUUUGGAGAAAGCACGUUUUUAAUUAUUUUUUAGUUUGUGAUUUGUGUCUAUGCUUUUGUGCAUUCAUUAAUGUUCUCUGGUGUUGCAUUCAGGUCAGGAAUGCCGUCUCAAUGAAUGGAUUUAUAAUUUCCUGUUUAUUAGUUGUUAUUUGUUAUAAAGGUUACUCAGGAUUCAUGCAGAGCUGUAUGAUUACUUUGCAGGAAUUAAUUCCAUUAAGAUUGAAUAGACUCUAACAAGGAACACCAUACCAUACACCUGGGCAAGUGAAGGAGUUGAGUGAACUAUUUGACUGCAAAUUGAAGCAAUUGAGAUCCUCUGGGAUGUGAGAGCGGAUGUCUCUAGUCCAUUCAUUGCUUAAUAUUAAACAGAAAAUCUUUGGCCAGGUGCCUUUUUCUCAGCCAACCCAAAAGCAUUUUUCUUCUACAUUGGUGUCUUGAGAUGUGAGUUUAAUUUAGAUCAUUCUUCUCCAUUGAAAUGAAUGGAAAUGCCAUUAAUCCGUUCCGGCCGGCCUUCAAAAGACAUGCCACCCAACAAAAAUGUUUGUAAUGCAUUGUUUUUCAUAUAAGGAAAGUUUUCCAUUGUAUGUUAGCAUAGAAGUUGGUCUUUAGGCAGUUUUUAGGUUGUUUUAGAGGCAACACAUAAUUCUUAUUGUUUGCCGCCAUGCUGUGCUUGCGCAUCAUGUUUGGGCUUGGAAGUCAAACCAAAACAUAAAAAUAAAACCAAAACGUUACUCCUCAUUUUGUCUCAAACAACCCAGGAGUCAGGUCACGCGGAUCUCAUGGCACCAAUGUAUUUUACUUUUUCUUCUAGAGGCCAGUGUAAAGAAGGGACCAGGCGUUUUUUUCCAUCCAUCUCGGCAUUCCAUUUUAUGAAAGGGAAGGCAAAAUGGUUGCCUUUUUGUCAUGUUACCAAUCAUAAUCUGCAGAAAGUCCAAUUGCGAUUUAACAUUUAUAAAGAAAGAAAAUCACAGGUGUGCUCAUUUUAACACCAGACAAGUGUUUAGCCACUGUACAAAAAGAAUAUGUGCAUAAAUAUAUAUUUUUGAAUAAUCAAUUGAAUGCAUCAGUUUUCUACACGCUCACUUGUGAUAUACAUUGGGAUUCUGUCCUUGAUUUUGGUGUGGCUAUUUGGUAUCUUUUUCUUCUUUUCUUUUCAAUUGCGUUCAAUCUCUUUGCUUUCUUUCAAUCUCAUCAACUCUCCUUCACUAGUGCCAAACUCGACCUACUUUCGGUCGACCGUGACAUUAGCGUUCCAGUAUUGUCAAAGGAGCAGCGAAAGUAGCAGACUGGACUCAGGUCAGAGCCAUAUCCAUACUUUCCUAUGGUGUCCUCCAGGACCAGAAGCUAUGAUUCUGUCGAGUUGAAUUCCGAGUGUUGUCGGCUUUUCUCAGUAUUCCAAACCACCAUGUCCUCUAAUGAUUGUGCCAUAAAAAAACAAAACAAAAAAAAACAUAGAAGUUACCCAUGUGUGGCAUUUGUAUACGUACCUCUUCUCACCCAAUGCAACCAUUCACCCUCACUUGCACUGUGGGAGCAAUUGAUUUUUGUUAUUUAUAGCUGUCAUAAAACACCAUCCCUCAAGUA